AAUGCCGAAUGUGAUUUCAAUGAUUUAGUUGUCUCAAUUAAAUCACAGCUAAACGUGUGAGCUUCAUGCAAGGUCUGCGCGCCGGCCUUAAGCAAGCAAAUACCAUCUCCCACGUCUCUAAACUCCGGUCCCUCGGCUUCUCGGUCGUACCCUCCCAAUAUAUAGCUCUCUUCGAUAAUCUCUUUCUCCAAUGAUCUAUCUGCGUCCAUAUAUAUACUGGGAGUUUCAGAGAAUACAGUUCUGAUUGAGCAAAAACAUCACAAAUUAAUUCAUUCGUAGGUGGAGUUCUUUGCGAGUCUUCAUAUUCCGAACAACUUUAAUUUUUCCGAUUUGAAGAUAAUCAGCUUUAGGAGCUUUAAAACCAGCAAGCCAUUAGGUGGGGUAUUUUGAUCAUUCGAUCUCGCUUGAUAUCGAUCUUCGUAUAUAUUCUUCGAUCGAUCACGUACAGUGUGAUAUGAAGAAGGGAGAUUCAAGGGUACUAAUCAUGAUCAGAUGGCUGGCAGUCGUAGUGCUAAUUUUCGUGGUGUUUAAUGUAUAUACGAUAUCAAGAACAAAUUAUGUGAUGACCCAUUCAAUGAUCACCAAGAGUCAAGCUGAUACAAGCCGCUCGGUACCCAAAUCAAUUAGCCAUCAGGAAAAACACGUUACAGCAAAAGAUAUCAGCUGCAACCGAGCCCACAACUUCUACGACAUCUGUUCAAUCAAGGGCACAACAGUUCUGGACCCCACCAUCUCCACAUUCUUUCAAAUGGACCCCAUAAACUCAAGCCCACAAAAGCCCUUGGUAGAAAAAAUCCGACCCUACGCCCGAAAGUGGGAGAAUUUCACAAUGUCCCGGAUCAAAGAGGUCACCCUUGUUUCAGGCCCACCAAUCACAAAAUGUCAAGUGCAACACGAGGCCCCCGCCCUGGUAUUCAGCGCCGGUGGGUACACCGGAAACUUCUUCCAUGAGUUCAACGACGGCUUCAUCCCACUCUUCAUCACCAUCAACACGAUCUUUCCCGACCAAGACAUCGUACUCGUGAUAUCCAAGGCUCGUGAUUGGUGGGUCAGCAAGUACUCUGAACUGUUGCGUGCUUUCAGCAAGUACCCUAUCGUAAACCUGGAUAAUGAUACAUCCACCCAUUGUUUUCCUUCUGCCAGUGUGGGCAUGAUCUCGCAUGGCUUCAUGACCAUCGACCCAAAACUGAUCCCAAACUCAAAGACCUUCAAACAUUUCCGUGCCUUCCUUCACAAAGCCUAUGGCCAAAACCGCAAGGUCCAAAACCAUCUCUCCGUGUCUACCCCUAAAAAGUCUCGGCCAAUUCUUGUUUUGCUUGGUCGCAGUGGGGGAGUAGGCCGCCUGCUCUUGAACCAAAACGAAGUGAAACUCGAAGCAGAAAAGGUUGGUUUUAGUGUUGUUGUUUUCGAGCCAAAGGCUAGAACACCUUUGAGAGAGGCUUAUGCGUUGGUAAACUCGAGUCAUGCAAUGGUGGGAAUACAUGGUGCGGCGCUCACGCAUUCGUUGUUUCUACGGCCUGGCUCGGUGCUUGUGCAAGUGGUGCCGCUUGGGGCGGAAUGGGUAUCGCGCGUGUGCUUCGAGAUAUCUGCUAGGGCCAUGGGGAUAGAGUAUAUGGAGUAUAGGAUAAAAGCGGAGGAGAGUAGUUUGACGGAGAAAUACAGCAAGGAUGAACCGAUAAUAAAAGACCCUGUUGCUUUCCGAGGAAAGAAUUGGUCCCCUAAGAUAAUGAGCAUAUAUUUGAAGGAACAGAACGUUAGGCUAGAUUUGGUUAGGUUGAGGGAGUACUUGAAGGAAGUGUACGUGAAAGCAAAAGUAUUCAUGGACAAGGAGGGAUGAUAUUGUUGCUGGUACUGCAUGGUAUUAAUAUCCUGAUCGAUCAAAAUCAAGGACAUAAACAACUUUUUUUUUCUUUCUUUUUGUAAUUGUUGAUUCAUUUUUAAUUUAUUUAUAGAAUAUCUAAGAGAGACUCUGAGUGAAGAAGCAACGCAUUUGUUCAAA